AUGCUCCUGGAUCCCAAGGCCUACAGAAAACAACUUCAGAAGAAUGGUAACGACCCAGAGAUUUUAUAUGCAUCGCCAGAUGCCCACAUAAGCGCGCAGAAUGAAGCGCCUGAUGAACCCUUGUUUUUCUUCCCAUCAUCCAGCCGAUGCCCCUCACCACCAGAGGACCCCGAGUACUUGGACCCAAAUGACUUACUCGUCGACGGAACAGGCCAGCAAAGUACCAGCGCGUCACCGCGUAGUGCCCCCUCAACCGCCGCGCCGGCCGGGACAGUUUCCGCUGCACAUCAGCUUCUCAACCCACAGCGCCGCCAGCGCUCAGCCAAGGCCAGCCCGAAAUCGAAGUCGAGGUUGCAGACGGAGUCGGUCCGGUCGCGAGAAGAGAGCAGUGCGAGCUCGUCGCCACACCGACCAGCCAGGAAUGUGCCUGCGCCGGAGAUUGAGUUUACGAGCGCACAGUCCGAGGACGAUAAUGACUGGAAACGGAACUCGGAUCACCUUGAUAGUGACGUUGAAGCGCGCCACGCCAGUCUCAUCGAGGAUAUGUACGGUGUGGAGAAACGAGUUCAUCAGCCUUACAAGAAGAUCAAAAGGGAGAAUGAUGAGGAAGCACCGAAGAUGAUCAAGAAUGGGCCGAUUACGAUCACCGGGGACACCGAGUUGGGCAAGUAUAUGAAGGAGGACAAGGGGAAGUCUGAUUAUUCCUCUCCGGCUACACCAAGUGUGGUUGAUCUGACCAUCGACUCCGCUGGUGCUACUAAUGACGACGACGACUUGCAGGUCACCGGCUCGAACAACCUCAGUGUCCAGCGGGUAUGUUAUGGAAAGGUGGACAAUGCGAUGAUACAAGCGCAAAUCGUGCCCAAACCUGCUGCCCAAAAUAUCUUUGGCGACUCGGCGCACGAUUGGCCUUCCAUAAAGCUGGGCGUACAUAGGCACCCAGAUCGAAGCAGCUCCAGAAUUGAUGUUUCGGACCCGCAUGGGAAAGUCUUUGGAGCAGUUGACGCGAAGACUGCAGCCGUGAUUGUCCCAUUGCUUGACUCUCCGGCUCUCAAGGUUGACAUGACAGCGCGAUUAGACGUUCGCAGACGGCUGCCGGGUGAAAUGCCAUGGGCCCCUUGCUCUGCUCUCUACAGAGCGUCGAUCAACCUCUACGGUCUCAGGAAAGAUGCUGAGCUGGUUGGUAAGCACCUCGGGCAGCACAAUGUUUGGCUUGGGACGCCGUUCUCUGUAGAACAAGGAGUACCAGUCUUCAAUCCGCAUGCUGAGCGGCGGCGAGCUCAGGCGGCCUCCUUUUUGCCAUCAAUAGCUGCGAGGGGCCGUACGGGUGUCAGCUAUGAAGUUCGCACCGCGGAAGAGGUCAACGAUGCAGUCAUGAAGAUGUUCGAUCAGCUUCAGAGCGCGCAGAAUAUUCCGGAAAUGGAGGCCCCGGACUCGGUGUCGACCCCUCUCCUCCGCCAUCAAAAGCAAGCUCUGUGGUUCAUGACUGAGAAAGAGAAGCCGCGCAAGUUUGGUCCCAAAGAGGAGGAUAACAAUUCCCUUUGGAGGAUAGAGUAUCGCGCAAAUGGGGUCAAGCGGUAUCGUGAAAUCAUCAGUGGCACUGUCCUUGACGAAGAGCCGCCUCAGAGCUUGGGAGGCUUAUUAGCAGAUGUGAUGGGUCUCGGAAAGACUUUAAGCAUUCUUUCGCUCGUUGUUUCCUCUUUGGCCCAGGCUCAUGAAUGGGCGAGGAAAAUACCGGAGCCGGACCUUGUGCAAAGCCUACCUGGUAUUCGCAACUGCAAGACCACUCUGUUAGUCGUUCCUCUCAGUACUGUCAACAACUGGGUUUCGCAGAUCAAAGAACAUUUGAAGGAAAACGCCAUCUCAUACUACGUGUUCCACGGCUCCUCCAGGACCAACGAUGUGGACGAACUGUCAAGCUACGACGUGGUAAUCACAACCUACAGCAUUGUGCUAUCCGAACUGUCUCAGAGAGGAUCCAAGCGAGGCGUAAGUCCUUUGACGAAGAUGAAUUUGUUUCGUAUUGUUUUGGACGAAGCGCACACAAUCCGAGAGCAAAGUGCUGCCCAGACGCAGGCAAUAUUCAAGCUAAACGCUCAGCGCCGCUGGUCCGUGACCGGUACUCCAAUCCAGAACCGCCUUGAAGAUCUUCUCUCCGUUACCAAAUUCCUUGGAUUGUUCCCCUACGAUGAUCGUGCCCGAUUUAGCAUGCAUAUUCUUAGUCGAUUCAAGACAGGUGACGCGACAGUUCUCACAAGCUUGCGUGUGCUCGUUGACUCCUUUACUCUACGCCGGGUCAAGGAUAAGAUUGACAUUCCUCCUCGACACGACAAGAUCAUCACGCUCGAGUUCUCCGAAAAGGAGAAGCAGCUUCAUGAAUUCUUCCGGAAGGAGUCAAAUGUCAUGAUGAGGGUGAUUGCAGGAGAGGACAAGACGAAGAUGAAAGGACGAAUGUACCAUCAUAUUCUCAAAGCAAUGAUGAUUCUGCGACAAAUCAGCGCACACGGCAAAGAGCUUCUCGACAGCGAUGAUCGCCAGCGGAUCAAAGGCAUCAGCGUGCAGGACGCAAUUGAUCUCGAAGAAGGAACGGGCGAAUCUGCCGGUGUGAUUGACAGGAAGGCGUACGAGAUGUUCAACCUGAUGCAAGAAUCGUCGGCUGAUGCAUGUGCCAUGUGUGCCAAGCGCUUGGAAGAGCCCGGAUCGGACACUGGCGUGACGGAUCGGAAAGCUCCAAUGGCGAUAGUGCUACCAUGCUUUGACGUCGUCUGUCCCGACUGCUUCUCCGGGUGGAAACAAGCUUUUGAUGGUCAAGUUGAACCUACGAAUACAAUAAAAUGCCAGGUUUGUGACGGUUGGAUUCCUGUUUCGUAUUCGACCAUCACUGUCGAAGGACUUGAGGAGUACUUGACGGAGCACGAACAAGCAAAGCAGAGCCGAAGGCAAUCCAAAACCCUUGGCGAGUACGAAGGGCCACAUACGAAGACCAAGGCGCUUUUGGCUCAUCUCGCCGACUCUGCAGAGGAGAGCAAGAGGCUAAAUGCGGAGCCCCCAAUCAAGAGCGUGGUAUUCUCGGCUUGGACCUCUCAUCUUGACUUGAUCGAGAUUGCAUUGAAAGAUCGUGGCAUGACUGGAUUCACCCGUUUAGACGGAACUAUGUCGCUCGCAGCUCGUAACCGAGCUCUAGAGGACUUCCAUACCAACGAGGACACCACUAUCUUGCUAGCCACAAUCGGCGCUGGUGGUGUCGGAUUGAACUUGACUUCUGCUUCGAAGGUGUAUAUCAUGGAACCUCAGUAUAAUCCUGCAGCUGUGGCCCAGGCAAUCGAUCGGGUGCACCGGCUGGGCCAAACCCGCGAAGUGACCACAGUCCAAUUUAUCAUGAAGGGGAGUAUAGAGGAGAAGAUCUUCGAGCUUGCCAAGAAGAAGCAGCAGUUGGCAGACAUGAGCAUGAAUCGAGGCAAGCUUGACAAGAAAGACGUUCAGGAGCAGCGGAUGAGAGAAUAUAGAAGUCUCUUCAAAUGA